GCCUUAUCUUAGAACCGCAUUAUAGUGCAUUUUUUUAAAACAGAAGUUUGACGAUGGAUAACGGAGUCUGUGCGGAGUGGAUAGGUUAGGGAGCAGCUUCCUGUUUGCUGUACUAAUGCCUGAGGAAUUCAUUCUCCUUUUAUGGUAAAGUGAAGCAGAGGUAGGCGGACGGGCUAUCCCUGAGUGAGGGAAGGAGAUAAUUAGAACCAGUUCAGACUCAGAGUGGUUCUGCUUGUAGACUCUGAAAGAGGUGAGCUAGUGAAAUAAAAACCCUGCAGGGUUGUUGGCCUUCCUACGACAAAUACUACAGUUUCGGUAAGUGCCUCAGGGAACUCUAAGUGCAAUUGGAUUAUAGGUGUCAACCGGUAGCCAGUAACAUACAGUAUUGCAAAUCAAGGAUGUCUCAGACAAGAAAAGUUUCUUCAGUUUAUAUUCAACUUGCUACUCCUGGGACUAUCAGCACCCCGAAGCCAUAUAAAUCUCUUGAAGCUGCAAGGGUGGUCGACAAUAGACAUCAAAAAUUAGUGCCGUCAGCACCUAGAUCUGGGACCUCCUUCAACAGAUUUGAAAAUGUGGGUGUGAAAGGAGUGGCAGCGACCGUACAACCAGACGUACGUUCCGCUAGCGAAGAUUACCCCCCACCUCCCCCUCCACCUGCUCCAGAAAACAUAAGAGAUGCAUUUUACCCCAGUGAAAUGUCACUUCCUCCUCCUCCACCACCUCUGCUUUCCCAUGAAGGGGCACUUCCAUCUGUAAAUGACUCCAACCAAUCCAAUGUGCAGAAACCAACUGGUGGAGCAGGCCCUAGAAAGCAGGAAUUUUCUCCAACCUCUGAAUCUGAGAAACACAGCGUUCCUAAUAUGGGAAACACACGGGAAAACUCAGCACCUCAGACACUGAAUAACAAACUGAAUGGUUCACCAAGUUCCAGAGAAGAUAUCUGUGCAUUUUGCAACCAACCAAUUCCUCUAACCGUCCCUGCUGUUCAAGCCAUGGACAAACUGUUUCACGAGAAUUGCUUGAAGUGUAGAAAAUGUGACUGCAGACUCGUGGGAAAAAACUAUUAUAACCUAGAUGGUGAUCUUCACUGUGAAUCUUGCUACCAGAACACCUUGGAGAAGUGUGCAAAAUGCAACAAAACCAUAAUGAGUCAGAUUAUUAGAGCUAUGGGCAAGGCUUUCCACCCUGACUGCUUCACGUGUGUUGUCUGUCACCGGCUUAUUGGAACAGAGCGUUUUGGAGUGAACGAAGCUAAUGAGGUUCACUGCCUUGAAGACUUCCAGAGGAGAUAUGCUCCGCAAUGCUGUGUCUGCAGAAUGCCGAUCAUACCUGAAGCUGGACAGGGGGAGUGCAUGAACGUUGAACUGUUUGGGCUCCACUUUCAUGUGAACUGUUACAGAUGUGAGAAAUGUGGAAUUGUUCUAUCUCCUGAACCAACUGAAGAAGGAUGUUUUCCACUCAACAAACAGAUCCUUUGCAAGACUUGUCACAUAUCCCUAAGUAACAGCUCCACUACUUGAAGACCAGAUUUUAGAAGUGAAUUAUUCAACUUGUGAACUGUUGUUUGUUUGUUGUUGUAGAUCUCUAUUUCGUUUCUAAUCACUUCAAAUAGACAGUAUCAGAUCUUAGACCACUGAAAAAUCAUUCCUCAGAACCCAUUUAUGUGAGAGGCUUCUGUAUACUUAGCUCUAAUGUGCCAAAAAAAAACCCUUGAAAAUCCCCGAUUUGAUUACUAGCCAACGAUCAAACCCAAAAUAACUAUCAGCUGUAAGACUGGCAUCAGCACCCUCCUUACAAAUUUAGUGAUAACACUGAGGGGCUAUACAAACUGGCAGUCACGUUUUCCCUAUUGUGAUAUUAUGGCAUCACUUCCUGAAUGGGCAGGUAUGGAAUGGAAAGCCUGUAUAAUGAAUUAAAUUAUAGUAUCAUGUAUUAUGAUAAGCAAACAGAACUUGCCUACACAAGCUCAAUGUAAAAGAAAGAAAAAGUGCAUUCAUGUAAUCCUAUGAGGUGGGUACAGGCACGAUGGGCAAAAUGGUAUGUUUCUAAGCUAGUUCAACCGCAUCCAAGUUUUUUUAAAGUUUUACAUUCAUCUUCCUGAUACCAGCUCCAAAUAUAUUGCUGUCAGUUCAAAGGACUAAGCAAUCUUUCCACAUGUAGCACAUUUAAUAUACUAUUUCAUAUUAAAAGUUGUGAAUCUUUGUACUCGAUAUUUCUGUUCUUAUUUACAUUAAAUCAGAAGUUGCGCACAUUAAAUAACACUGACCUCCAAAAUAUAUUCAAAUUAAAUAAGCAAUCAUGCUUUACGUUGUAUUACAUUUUGGAAAUAGCAUAAUUACAGAUCCAAUUAUAUGUAUGUCACUUGAAUAACAAAAGGUCUUUACAAACAGCAGCAACUGUCCCACCUCAAUUCAUAUUGAAGUAUGUCUGUUCUACUGCAUCAUAAUGAAACAGCAAAAGAAAUCAAUAUACACUAUCGAAAUAAUACAAACCAAUUUUAAUCCUUAAUUUAUGCCAAGCGGUUUAAUCAAAGGUUGGGUGGCAAAAGAACAUUUGUUCUCAGGAUAAGGAGGAAGAAAGUUAGGAAUGCUAAAUGCCAUCCAGCAAUUCCAGCUGCUGGAUACCAUCUUUAUAAUGGCCAAGUGCAAUAUUGGACUUGGCUGUGUAGCCUAAAUCGUACAUGGAGAAUGUGUCAAAAUUGAGUUGCUUGCAAAUGCAUUCCAGCCUCGAGAGGUGCAAGAGAAAAUCAAGAAAAGGUACAGGGGACUAAACACUGAUCUGUGCUGCCACCAAUAGUUCGCACAAGUUACAUUUCCUUACAACCCACGGCUGCAUUUUAGUAUUAUUUCACUGAUUAUGAGGCAAAUUGGUUUAUUAUAGUCACAUGAACUGAAGUACUGUGGAUAAAUUUGUCUUGCAUGUUGCCCAUACAUUAUAACUGUGUAUUAAGUACAAAGUAAAAUAAAGUGCAGGAUAAAGUGUUACAGUACAGAGAAAGUGCAGUGCAGGUACAGUAAGGUGCAAGAUCACUAUGAGGUAGAGAGGGGUCAGGAGUCCAUAUUAUUGCAUUAGGAAACCAUUCAAUAGUUUCUAUCCAUCUGUUAUAGAAUUGUCUUUGAGCCUGGUGGAAUGUUUUCAGGCUCUUGUACCUUCUGCCGCAAUGGUAGAGGGGAAGGGAGAGAAUGUCCAGGGUGGGCGGGGCCUUUGAUUAUGCUGGCUGAUUUACUGAAGCAGUGAAAUCUGUAGAGAAAGAUUGUGGAGAGGAGGCUGGUUUCUGUGAAGCACUGAGUUGUGCUCACAUCUCUACAGUUUAUUGCAGUCAUGAGCAAAGGAACUGCCAUUCAACACAAUAGGAAGCUUUCUAUAGUGCAUAAAUUGUUAAGGGUCAAAGGGGCUGUGCCAAAUUUCCUUAGCUUCCUGAGUAGAGGAACAGUAAGCUCCCAUCAAUGUGAUUGGAUCAGGGUAGCCUAUUGGUGAUGCUCACUCUCAUGAACUUGAAUCUAGCAACCGUCUCAAUGUCAGCAUUAUUACUGCAAAGAGGUACAUAUGUAUUGCUUUCUCUUCUUGAAAUCAAUGACCAGCUCCUGUUUCGCUGACACUGAGGAAAAGGUUGUCAUGACAUCAUACCACUAGGCUUCCUUUACUCUUGACUCAUUAAGAUACAGCCCAUUUAAUGGUGUCAUCUACAAAUGUGCACAUGGAGUUAAAACAGAAUCUGGCUGUGCAUUUGUUCGCGUAUAGGCAAUGGGGUAGGAGGCCAAGGAUGCAGUCUUGUGGUAUGCUAGUGUUGGCCGCCCAUCCUUACUGAAUGUGGUCUGUUGGCCAUGAAGCCAAAGUGAAGUGCUGAGUCCCAGGAUUAGGAGUUUGGAGAUGAGUUUGUUUGGAAUUGUAUUGAAGAUAGAGCUGUGGUUAUUAAACAAUAGCCUAACAUAGGUAUCUUUGCUUUCCAGAUGCUCCAGAGAUGAGUGUAGAUCAGGGAGAUUGUGCCUACCAUAGAGUUAUUACAUCAGUGGACAAGCAGCAGUAAGUCGAGAUUGCUUGUGAGGCUGGAGUUAAUGCAUGCCACGACCAGUCUCUCAAAACACUUCAAGAUGAUGACUGUUAGAGCCACUGGGUCACAUCAUAAAAACAAAAUGCAAUGUAGACAAAUCCAAGCACAAUAGCCAUAACCACAACCUGUCCUACCUAAAUGCACAAGCUGAAAAUGUCAUAGUCAUACCUUAGUGAUCCCGGGGGAAACAGGUUUUCGUUACAGUUGCACCAUAAAUAAUAAAUAGUAAUAGAACCAUAAAUAGUUAAAUAGUAAUAUGUAAAUUAUACCAGUAAAUUAUGAAAUAAGUCCAGGACCAGCCUAUUGGCUCAGGGUGUCUGACCCUUCAAGGGAGGAGUUGUAAAGUUUGAUGGCCACAGGCAGGAAUGACUUCCUAUGACACUCUGUGCUGCCUCUCGGAGGAAUGGGUCUCUGGCUGAAUGCACUUCUGUGCCCACCCAGUAGUGGAUGGGAGACAUUGACCAAGAUGGCAUGCAACUUAAGACAGCAUUCUCUUUUCAGACACCACCGUCAGAGAGUCCAGUUCCAGCCCUACAACAUCACUGGCCUUACCAAUGAGUUUGUUGAUUCUGUUGGUGUCUGCUACCCGCAGCCUGCUGCCCCAGCACACAACAGCAAACAUGAUAGCACUGGCCACCACAGACUCGUAGAACAUCCUCACCAUCAUCCGGCAGAUGUUAAAGGACCUCAGUCUCCUCAGGAAAUAGAGACGGCUCUGACCCUUGUUGUAGACAGCCUCAGUGUUCUUAGACCAGUCCAGUUUAUUGUCAAUUCAUAUCCCCAGGUAUUUGUAAUCCUCCACCAUGUCCACACUGACCCCCUGGAUGGACACAGGGGUCACCGGUACCUUAGCUCUCCUCAGGUCUACCACCAGCUCCUUAGUCUUUUUCACAUUAAGCUGCAGAUAAUUCUGCUCACACCAUGUGACAAGAUUUCCUACCAUAGACCUGUAUUCAACCUCAUCUCCCUUGCUGAUACAUCCAACUAUGGCAUAGUCAUCCGAAAACUUCUGAAGAUGACAAGACUCUGUGCAGUAGUUGAAGUUGGAGGUGCAAAUGGUGAAGAGAAAGGGAGACAAGACAGUCCCCUGUGGAGCCCCAGUGCUGCUGAUCACUCUGUCGGACACACAAUGUUGCAAGCACACGUACUGUGGUCUGCCAGUCAGGUAAUCAAGAAUCCAUGAUACCAGGGAAGCAUCCACCUGCAUCGCUGUCAGCUUCUCCCUCAGCAGAGCAUGGCGGAUGGUGUUGAACGCACUAGAGCAGUCAAAAAACAUGACCUUCACAGUGCUCGCUGGCUUGUCCAGGUGGGCAUAGACAUGGUUCAGCAGGUGGACAGAUUAUUGACUCUUGCAAGUCCCCUUGAAGCCACACACAACUUUUUGGAAACACAGUACGAAGAAUUCACCAAAAAGACCAUAAUGAUUCAAGGUGGCAGUUCCCUUUUUUCAAAUGCAAUUAUUUUGGGCCUUAAAUAAUGCCUUCAUAGCAAUAUAUUCCUUAAUUAACCACCAAAAAAAACUGAAAUAACUUCUCACUUGUACUCAAACUAUGUACAAAGAAUAAUAAAAUCCUCAAAGAAAACAUCCCCGAAGUACAACCUAAUAGUGUAAAUUAUAGCUCAUCCAUACUUGUAAUAUUGCAUAAGUUAUAUUUCUGCAAAAAAAAGUAUGAUAGUUGUUUUACCAAAGUCCAGAUAAAAUGCUGCUGAGAAAUUAAGCGAUUACACACUGAUAUAAAUGUAUUCCUUAUGCAGCAUACUAAAUAACAGCAAGAUUCAAUUCCCUAAAUAGAAAAGAGUUCCUAUUACAAAUCUGCACAUUCAGGAUGUUACUGCUGUUGAUUUCAGGGGUUCUCCUAUGGGAAAUAAAUCGAUGCACUAUUCUGAAACCUACAAAAUAUUAAUAACUAUGCUCAGUAACAGUAAUUUCCACAUUUAACGACAUUUGGUCAUCUUACAACACACAUUUAAUAUGUAAAUCAGGACAAGGUAUAUAUCAAGAAAUCCAAACCAAAUCAGACUAAUUUAGUUUGACAGGAGGAGCAUCAUAACGUUAAACAUUACACUACAAAACUGAUAUUUCUUGGAGAUUAACAAGAAUGCAAUAAUCUAAAUAUUGAGUAUAAAAUAAGUCACAAGUGUCUUGCACCAGUCCUCCAAAAUCUUAGCUAAUUUCAAUGAAAGCAGCAGCAAGGCAAACUAACACUACUAUCUCAAAUAAAGGUUAAUAUCACCCAAGAAUUUUUAAGAAUGAUGGAAAUCCUGAAUGAGACUACUAUUGCAAAGUGACAGUUUACAAGACAAACACAUAAACAAGUACUAUUUGUUGCAAUCAUGUAUUUUUCAGAAGGCCCCAGAUCUACAAGGUAGGUCUAAGGUUUUUUUUUGUUCCCUCAUGUUUUGGGGGGGGGGGGAAGGAAAAUAUCCCAAUAGUUGCCAAUCAGUAAUUGGCCCUUAAGCAUUAUAGGUAGGAAGGUGAAGUUAUCAGCUUUGGUAAGAAAAACACAAAGGCAAAGUAUUAUUUAAAUAGUAAUAAAUUGAAGUACAAAUGGAUAGAAAUGUCAAUACACCCGUCAUCAAAAGCAAACAUGCAAGUGUGGCCAACAGUUAAAGUAUCAAGUAGUAUUUUGGUCUAUAAGCCAUUUUGUAAUGAAGACAGGAGCAAGCUUGUCUUACUAAAAUUACAGAAGACCUUAGUAAGACAAUACUCAGUUUUGGCAAAGAUAUUCUUACCAUAGAGAUUUCUGGGGCUGAUGCAGAAUAGUUGGACGGUGCCAGUCAGUAUGUGAGGAGAGGGAGGGGUCGGUUGGUGAAAGGGAAAGAGUCUGGAAUCAGGGGUGACAGUUUCAUGAUACGGGGUGACAUAUUUAGCACUGAGUUGAGAUUUGUGAAAAACUCUCCACCCCCCCCACCCACCCAUUCAGAUGGGAGGGUAAUCUGUGUUUCAUUUACAGGAGGUGGAGAUGAAGUUGCAAAAUAUAUUUAAAGGGAGACAGGCAGUCGUCCAAGCACAGAAUUCAGCAAGGGCAGUAAGAAAUAAAAGCAUGGUACUAUGAAUCUGGUGUGAUCAAUGAAAUGGCAGAGUUGGCUUGAAGGGUCAGAUGGUUUACUCCUAAUCCAAUGCUUCUAUAUAAUUGAGGAUAUAGUUAGCAGUCAACUUAAAUCAAUGGAUCUGGAGUCACACAUACACUUGACCAGCUAAAGAGGUAUUUCUUUCCCUCAAAGGCAUCAGAAAACCAAUUUUUUUUUCUCUAAAGACAACCUAGCAGUUUCGUGGUUAGUUGAAUAACUUGGUGUAAUGUAGAUUUAUGGUCACAUACUUUUUCCUCGUGUCUAUUUAUUUACAUCCUAGGAUUUCACUUGGAUGAAAAUAGUUAUAAGAGGAAAAGGUCUAUGACCACACACCUAUACUAAAUAGGUGUCAAUUUAAGUUAAUUGCAACAUCUUUGAAUUGAGGGAAAAUUAUUAGCAUGCCAGCCAAUGAUUUGAUCUGGAAAGGACAUGCAUAUGGAUGUCCAGAUGAAUUCACCUAUGGAACAUUUCAUGGAUAUUUUAAGGAUUAUCAGGAGAGCAACAGAACCUUAAGGAAAUGUGAUAAUUUUAAAGUAACAAAAUAAAUGCUAAUGAACACAAAAUUAAUUUAAGCUCCUUGUGUAUUCAUUUUUAGAAAUGGAUGGAAGUAGUUUCCUAAAUUGCACAUGGCACUAUAUCAAGAAGCAAACAUCAAUGUUUGGAAUAAUACAAGCAGAGAAAUGAUAAAGACAUUCACAAUAUGGAAGUAAGCUUAUCUAACUGCUAGCAUUUAGAGACUAUGUUUUACAUUUUAGAAACUUAUUUUUUAAAGUCAAAUGACAAACUAUCAUUAUCAGAAAAAAAAUUCAAACAUAUGAUUAAGUAGUACUAUAAUACUAGUUUCCAGGAACCAAAAAUAAAAACAAUGCUGUAAAAACUAAGGUCAAGGAGCAUUUGGGUAGGAAAAAAAGCCAGUAUUUCUCCCCACAUUGGCAUUGCCGUUUGAACUCUUCCUUAGAUGCUUGCUAUUACUUAUUGGAUAAGUCUGUGACAGGAGAUAGUUGAUACAAAUUCUGUUCUUGGCUGGCUUCUCUCGAAGAAUGCUCCAGAGACGGGUGCACAAGCACCCCUGCUAUAAUUUCUAAGAGAAAAUGAGAGUUUCUUAAUGUGCUCUUCCUUCUGAAGAGGAAGUUUUCUCCUGCUACCCCAUUCAUAUUUAUUCCUCUAAGACCCAAACCUAUCUGAUGAUAGUUGUUUCUGGGAGCUUACUGUGCACAAAAGUUACAGGAACAGUUAUCUGUGUAAUAAGGACAGGUUGAAUAGAUUAUGACUUUAUUUCCUGGAGUAUAGGAGAACAAGGGAAGAUUUGAUGAGGGUUAAAUUAUAAGGUAAAUACAUGCAAGUUUUUUUAUUCUGAGGUCAGGUGAGAUUAAAACUAAAGGUGAAAUGUUUAAAGGGAACUUCUUCAGAAAAUGUUGAGUGUGUGAAACGAACUGACUGUGUAAGUGGUGGAUGCAAGUAUGACUUCAACACUUACAAGAAAUUUGGAUAGGUGCAUGGAUGGGAGGAAGAUGGAGGGCUUCUAUUCAGGUACAGGUUGAAAGGCAGAAUAGGCUGAAGGGCCUAUGCCUGUGCUGUAGUGUUCUGACUCUCUAACUCGUGAUAAUUGGUCAUUGAUGUGAAAUGUUUUUACGCAUAGAUGCUGUCCAUCAUGCUGAAUAUUUCCCUCUAUUUAAAUACAGGAAAUAACCCAAAUAAAGGAACAAUUCAUGUUGGGCUGAAUUAAUCUCUGUUCUUCUUCUGUUUCCACCAAAUUGACAUGGAAGGAUAUUUGGUUAGAGACCUAUUGUUAAUUAAACAGCUCAAUAUAUUUGGAAAAUGUCCGUCAGUGAAGUUGCUGAUUUCUGAAAAGACUAGGAAAAUCUUCAAUCUUACUGCAAUGUGAAUUCCUAAGGGAGCAUUAACAACAUAGGUUAUGAGAUGUUUCCAUGAGUAAGAAGGCAGAGUUAGAAAGGAAACAGUCAUUUAAAGCUGUGUAGCAAAUUACUUUCACCAAAGGUGGUUAAUUGCUGGAGUUCUGUACCCCAGAAGUUUGAGGAGACCUUGGGGAGUUGAAUACAUUUUUGUAUGAUUACACAAUUGAGGGUUCUCGGGAACUGGCACAUAGGGCAGUUCAGCCAUUGGACAAGCUUAAGAGUCAUACCCUUAUUCCUAUUUUGUGUUCUUGGAAUAGAAACUUACAUUUUAAAAAUACAAAUCAGACAUUCAGAUAAAAUGGUCUUAAUAUCAAGGCACUUGAAGCAAUGUGACCUACUUUUAGAUCAUAGAGAAUUUCUAGGAACCUCAAUAAUAAACUUAAAAUACAAAAAGUGUAGUACCUACUUAUGGUUACAUGUACAGUUAAACCAAUGAAUAGCAAACAAAGCCAGUUUGGAACAAACGUACAUGGUUUCCACGAAACAAAAAGGUAGUUGCUGGGAAACCACAAAACUGGUUGCUGGGAAGCAAUUACUGGAUUUGUUACAAAACAUCACUAAGUACACAUAUAAGUGGAACAUGAAGCUAAAUUGCAGUUCUGUUUAGGACUGAUUUAGUCAGCAGAAUAUAAUCCAAAGGUGCGCAUAUCACACACACACAGACCAGCCUUUGGGGGCAACAUUCUUCUGUUUUUGUUUUAUUUGGAAAGGAUACCAUAAAAAAAGGACAAAAUGCACAGGUCAAAGAACAGUGUUAACCAAAAGAUGCCCAACUACACACAAGUGAAGACUGCAAAGGUAAUUUGGGUUCACUAUCAAUAAAAAAAACACAUGCCACACGAUGUAUUUUAAUUGAAGUGCUCACUUUACAAAAUUAUUUAUUGCCAGCCUUCACAAAUAAUAGAAGUGGGGUAAUCUAUUCAAGAACUUAAUAAGAUCAUAGCUGAUUUUCUCUAUCAACAUCAUGUUCCUGCACAAAUGUCAUAUCCCUGAUGCUCUUAAUACUUGAAAACAUUUAAAUAGCUUAACGUGCACCUGUAGCCAUUUGGGUUUCUAAAUAUAUUCCCUUCCAUACAAGAAUUUAAAAAAAAAUACCCUGAGUCUACCGUAGAUGAUUCAGAGAAAGAAAACAAAAUCAAAAAUAAUGCAGGUGCUUCCAAAGGGCAUUUUCUAAAAAUACGUGUAACUAAAACAAGACCCAAUUAUCAGGUACACAAGAUACAACGCAAUACAUUAGUUAGAUCAAAAGCCUCCAUUUGUAACAAUUUCUGAAUUAUUGUUGAUUAGCACCAAAUAAACACAAAUCCAAAGUUCUAUGAUAACUACGCCAUUACCCUUUUUAUGAGUUCUGCUUUUAUAUUACCACUGUCACAAAAUGCAAUCUUAAGAAUAUUGCGUGUGUGCCAAUUGCACAUCUCAGUACAUAAUUGCAGCCUUUGAAAAGCUAUAAGCUUAUGAGUAAUGUACUUUUCAGCCCUGCCCUUCCCUUCUUGCUAUCUUGCACCAAGGUCAUCAAACCUAUGGCUAAACACCCAAGAACAGUGAACUGCAAGCAUAGUCCUUUAUUGAUUAUAAAGUACAUAGGUCAAACAGUAACCUUUCUACAACCAAAAUCCAUUUCCGUCUCAACCUUGUGAUAUGCAGCUAAUUUCCAGAAAAUCAAACACGUUAUGUAACUAAAACUUUUUCCCCCUUCGAUAAAAAUGGGCCUGCUGAAACAGCAGGCUUGUGAAACCGCCUAUUGCACCAUUUGACACACAAACUGAAUUCAAACAUUUCGCAAUUUCAAUCAGCGUUUAAAACUUAACCCCCACUAACAGCUGAUCGCCGGAAAAUCCAUCUUAACACGACCCCUCCCCCCCAAAAUUUUUUUUAAACUUUCGUGAUUUUUUUUGUCUCAAUUUUACAGCAAGAGCGUGAGAAGCAUGUGACCCAUCAGGCUGUCAGUACUUAUGUUUGUAAAUGUAUGUUUGAAUAGUGACGUAAUGAUUAAAUACAAAAUUUGAUUAAAGUAUUUUAUAUUGGUCUCCUUUCUGGAACACUUACUGUAUUGUGGUAUCACUACCC